UCGUCGGCGGUGUCAUCUCCCGCUCUGUCUUUGCAGGAUGUCCUUGUUGGCGAGUGACUCCAGUACGACGAUGACGGACAGAGAAGCGUCUAAUGAAAAGCGGAAAGGAGGAAGAGUCGUGAAGUCUCGCUACCUGCAGUGCGAUAACAAAGACGUCAAGAAGGAUACUUCAGCAAAGUCCUUUUCAAAGUCUGCUACUGAACCAUCUUGUACAACUGAACCAAGAUCCGGCCUUCCUCAGAAACGCAAAACUUCUGCUGGUGCUGUCUCUAGAUCAUCAAAUCAGAGUAGUUUUGAGAAGAGUGUCCUGCAGUCCACGUUGUUAGGCGAAGACAAAAUCAGUCGGCCUGACCUCGAUCUUUCAACUAUUUGUGGUGAUAAAACUAUCCACGUAGAGACUCCUGCUUCAAAAUCUGCUUGGGAAGGAGAUUCAGGGACAUGUCAGAACCCACAAGAAGCGGGAUAUGAUCCUGAUGAUCUGAUCGAAGAGCUAGAAUCUCAGACACUGCUUUUAACUUACCUAAGAAUAAAGGCAGGAAAAAAUCUUUCUGAGAUGGAGAAAAAAGCAGAACAAAACUUGUUAAAGUUGUGUGAAGAAAAGCAGAGACAACAAGAGAAGCUCUGCAAGUUGAAGCGUGAAAUUCUACUCAAAGAGAGAGAGCAGAAACUCAGUGAGGCAUUAGACAAACAGGUGGAAAUACUCUCUCCCCUUGUUCCUGCUUGUGAACAGUUCAAAGAGCAAUAUAAGAGCUUUGCAGUUUCCCUGGAUGCCACUAGACAUGAGCUGCCCACGAAGGACAUUCACAUAGAAGGAGACACACAAGCAUACCUUGAUGAACUGCAAAAGCAGCUAGCCAUCACCCAGGGACUUCUGACAGAAGUGAUGCCGAGCUUCUCAGGAGAAAGUGCAAAAGCAUGCAGUAUGCUGAAAGAGCUUAAAGAGGUUUCUCAGAAACUGGAUGGAGAGCUCCAAAGGAGCUUUACACAAGUGCAGAACCUGUCUUUUGAAGUCAGUAAAGAAGUUUCUCUGCAUAACCAAAGAGUAUGUGAAGAGAACCAUGGACUGGACGUUGUGAAGCAUUGGUACUUCAGCUGAGGGGGGUGGGUAUGGACAAGUGGCCACUGAGGCAGUGCCAGCACACCUGUGUGAGGUGCAGCUUGUCUGACUGGUCAGUUACACCAGAACUUGGAUCCAGCAAAUGGAGCUUUCUUCUGUCUUUCUCAAAAUGAAAUAAAACUA